AUGGCCCAAAUCCAAAUAAUUGCUUAUCUUGCAGUCCUGGAUUGCAUUAUAAUUAAGCCACAAAAUCAUGUAUUUGUGAUCCAACCUGUAAAACUUGUGAUGGUCCAAACUCAAAUAGCUGUUUAUCCUGCAAUCCUGGAUUGUAUUAUAAUUAAGCCACAAAAUCAUGUAUCUGCGAUUCAACUUGUAAAACUUGUGAUGGCCCAAAUUCAAAUAGUUGUUUAUCUUGUAUCUCUGGAUUAUACUAUUAGUAAACUGCAAAACAAUGUGUAAAAUCCUGUAAUGAAAACUAAUUUUAAAAUUAGUUAUUAUAGCUAUGUUAGGCAUGUGAUAAUACUUGUGCAAGUUGUGAUGGAAAUAGCUCAAAUAAUUGUUUAAGUUGUUAUCCCAACAGCUUUCUCUACAACAAAAAUUGUGUUAGCCUUUGUCCAAAUGGGUUUUAAAGUAAUUUUACUGCUCUCACAUGCGAUUCAUGCUAAAAUUAUUGGAGCCCAUAAUGCAAUCCUUGCUAUGCCAACUGUAAACAAUGUGAUUAGUCAUAAAUUUAAAAUGAAUAAUGCCAGACUUGCUAUAAUGAAACAAGAUAAAUAGAUGUUUCAAGUAAAAGAUGCAUUUGCAAAAACUAAAAUGAUUAAAGGAAAAUAUUUUAUUAAUGCAGCUAUGAAAAUAUUGCUGUUAUUGAUGCAAAAUUAAGUGCUACAUCUCCAUAACUUAGUAUUGAUUUUGGAUCUCCAUUGA